UUGCCGGACCACGUGGAGCCGGAGAAAAACUGAAAGCUGCCCGGUCUGGCGAUCUUCUCCCCGGGGUGUCGGCGCCAUCUCCACCCUCCGAACUCCCCAUCUCUGACCCACUAUCCAGGGCUGGGAUGGCACGGAACAGCUGGGGAGGUGUCCGGGAUUUCCAUGCCUGAAGAGGACAACAGGACUGGGACGGUCGCCCACCCUGCGACCUAUGGGACAGCUGGCUAUAAGGAGCAGAGGAGAUCAGCUCAGGACCAGUGACGCCAAGGAGCGCCGGAUUGGUGAGAAAAUACCGGUGGAGUGUGAAGGAGACGAGGACUGGCUAUUUCCAGAUCUUCGAAGCGAGUGGGACCUUGUCCUGGUUCAGGGCAAAUUUGGGAGAGAACCCCCAAAGGGCCCCCCUAGGAAAUCGGAUUCUACCACCCCUCCCCCAACCGGUCCAGGAGAAAAUACUUCCUUGGAGAAAAGUGGAAAAAAACUAUUUAUUAAACAAGAAAACUUAAUAUUAAACAAUAAAACCCCUUGCUGCUCCAAAGGAGAUGACACACCCAGAAAGUCCCCUCCCCAGAUUCCAGUUCAGCUCACUCAGUCCCUUAUCAGUCCCUCCGGCGCUGGAAAUGCCGUGGCCCAGGCCCGGCCCGGCCCACCGAGGCGAGCUGCUGGUGCUCUUAUGGUUGUUCAGUCCAGAGCAGGUGUGAACAGGUCCAGAGAAAGGGGAAAAAAGGGAAAAAAAGCGCAGUCCAGGGAACUUCUUUGCCUCAGCUAGCUAAACUAACUAAAAAGCAAGGAAAAAAAAGAGCCCUGUCCUGCCGUCUGUUCAUCCGCAGAAAACACACAGUCCAGAAGCAGGAAUGUGUAGGAGUGAGUUCAGUGUCUGAAAACAAACUGCGCGCCUCCUCUCCCCCCCUCAAUCCUUGGAGCAAGUCUUAAAGGUGCAAAACUUACUAUUCAGCAGAAACGGAAUGAGACAAUUGGGGAUAAAAGCAUCAUAUAGUCAACCUAGGACAGACCUCCUUGUACCGCGUUUUCGGACUCCCGCGAGGGGGCCGGCCGGGAACGGAGGGAAGCGUGUGGAAUUAGUGUGAGUGAGAGCUUCCGAAGGGGGAAAGAGGGCCCCCCCCCCUCCGGGCGUGCGGAGGAAUUUUGGGUGAGUGGCACACAAACUAAGUCCUGACGAAGGAAGCCAGGCCUCGGCGAAGGAAGCCGGGUUUUAAGUCCUGAUGAAGGAAGUUAGGCAGAUUGUAAGUCUCAAGAAGGAUUCGAGCAAGCCCAAAGCCCUGCAGGCAAACUAAGUCCUGACGAAGGAAGUCAGGCCUCGGCGAAGGAAGCCGGGUUUUAAGUCCUGACGAGGGAAGUCAGGCCUCAGCGAAGGAAGCCGGGUUUUAAGUCCUGAUACGUAGAGAAAUCAGGCAGUGGUUUUUCCUGACGAAGGAAUUCAGGCACGAAUCGGGCUCUUGGGCCGGGGUUCCGUGUUUAAAGUCCUGAUAGACAUAAGACCUGACAUUAGUUAGGCAGUCAAGAGAUCAGGCAGUAGUAUAAAUAUAAAGUCCUGAGCUUCAGGCAAUUUUUUCUUGAGAUUUUUUUCUGUUGAGACCUGAAAAAUGGGAGGAUGUAAAAGCAAGAAAGCCGGCAAGAGGCUGAGGAAUAUACCUCCCAAUAGUCCCUUAGGAGAACUGUUAGAGAGAUGGGAUUCUAUAGAGGCCACAGAGGGAUUAGAUAAGGUUAAGAUGAUCCAUUACUGUGUAGAAGUUUGGCCAGAAUUAGAAGUGCAGGGGGGAUGGCCCUGGUGUGGGACAAAGGACAAGUGGAUGUGUCAGCAGCUGAGUCACUAUCUGACAGCUCGGGAGGACACCGAUCCCGAGCAAUUAUUGUAUGUAGAUUGUUGGUUAAAAAAUGCUAUCGGGGAUGAGGGUGUGAGAAUUUGUAAGGUUCAGAGGAAGAAAGAGGGGAAUGAAGGAGGGGAUGUUGGAAUUAGUAAAAGAUGGGAUCCCCUGGAUUAUUUACCGCCGGGUGCCCCUUUACCUUAUAAUCCUCUUCCUCGGGCACCUCAAAGAGCAGAUCCGGCCUUUCCCCCGGCUGCUAUCUCAUUACCACCUCCUGUAAUUCCUUCUAUCCCUUUGGCUUCCUCUGCGGUAGACCCAGUAUCUCCCCUAGUAACCACUCCCUCGGCACCCCCUUCAGCUCCCUCAGUUCCUUCUGCACCACCACAAGCGCCUAUUCCACAGGCUACAUUCACUACCCCUUCUCAAGCUCCACUUAAUAUGCAUUCAGGCUCUUCUCCCCCGUCCUAUUUCUGUCCCUUUACCUCCUCCUAGCUGAGACACAAAUGCCUCCUUGCCUGAUAAACCGUUAUCACCAAAUACACCUGGUGACCUGCAGAGAGUUCAGGGGAAUCCUGAUGUCUCUCAAAUUGGUAGUUCAGUGUCUGAGGAUGGGCCAUACUGCAAUACCUGAUCUAAGACCUCCAAGGUAGAGAGACUUUUUCCCCUCAGAGAAGUUCUUAUGGGAGGGGUAGCAGGAGGUGUUGGCUUUGUGAACGCUCCUCUAACUGCUUCUGAGGUGAGAGGAUUUAAGAAGGAGUUAGGGCAUUUAGUUGAGGACCCAGUGGGUAUAGCUAACCAAGUGGAUCAAUUCUUAGGUCCAAAUAUCUACACUUGGGGGGAGAUGAAUUCCAUUCUGAAUAUAUUAUUCUCCCCAGAAGAGGUCCAGAUGAUUAAGGUGGCUGGCAUAAGAAUUUGGGAGAAAGAUAACCAUCCAGGACCCCAGGUGCCAUCAGGUGAACAGAAAUUGCCACUAAUGGAUCCCAACUGGAACCCUAAUCAGUAGGAGGGGAGGAAGGCCAUGAUGGAAUAUAGGUCUUUGAUAAUUCGGGGGAUCAAAGAGUCAGUUCCCAAAGGAACUAAUACCAAAUUGGCAUUUGAGGGUGCACAAGAGAAGGAUGAAACUCCUGCUACUUGGCUUAAUUGCCUAAAGCAGAAUUUCCAGCUGUAUUCCAAAAUAGACCCAGACACCACGGAAGGCCAAGUGUUACUAAAGGUCCAAUUUGUUACCAAAUCUUGGCCUGAUAUACGGAGAAAACUGGAAAAUAUUGAAGAUUGGCAAGAGAAGGACAUUAAUGAGUUACUGAGAGAAGCAUUAAAGGUGUAUUUAAGGAGGGAAGAAGAAAAAGCAAAGGCUAAGGCUAAGAUCAUGGUGACAGUAGCUAGAGAAAGUGUAGGGGCAAGCAAUACUAUCCCACGAUACAAGGGAACAAAAGAGUGGUCGGGUCCAUCACCAGGAGGAGGCAAGGAUAGGCCAGUACAGUCAGGGACUAGAGGAAUGGCAAGACCUCAAGUCCCUUUGAGUGAAAAGCAUUGUUAUUACUGUGGGGAAACUGGACACAUUAGAAAGUCAUGUAGAAAGCUCAGUAUUGAUGAGGCAAUAGCCAGGGAACAAGACAAUUUAGGGAGGAUUCUUAGGGGUGACGAUUAGGGGUGUCAAGGGCUUUAUACUUUAGGGGACCCAAUGCAACAUCUAGAGGAGCCCUUGGUAAACUUUGAGGUGGGACCCCUAAAUGAAGAAUUUGAAUUUUUGGUUGAUACAGGAGCAGAUAAGUCCUGUUUGAAAAAAGUACCAGGAGGUAUGUCAGUGGGAAAAAAAUUCUGUGAAGUGUUAGGGGCUGAAGGGAAACCAUUUAGAGCAUCAGUGAUAGAAGAUGUGAAAAUAAUGGGAAACUCCAGACAGUAUGAAGCUAAUUUUAUUUAUCUGCCUAAGUUAGAAAAAAGUUUGUUAGGAAGAGAUCUGCAGGUUCAUUUGGGGGUUGGGAUUGUCCCAAGAGAAGGGAGGAUGGUGGUACAAAUAAUGAAGAUAUCCCAAGAGGAUAUCGCAGAAAUAAAUCCCGAGGUAUGGGCUGAAGGGGGAAGGCGGGGCCUAUUGGACAUUACACCGAUAACAAUAAAAAUGCAAGAUGAUACUUCACCCAUACGGGUUAAACAGUAUCCAAUUUCCCUAGAAGGAAAGAAGGGGCUUGCAAUAGUUAUUGAACAACUGUUGCAAGAGGGAAUUUUAGAACCCUGUAUGUCACCACACAAUACCCCUAUACUGGCAGUUAAGAAAGCUGAAGGGAAAUAUAGGCUGGUACAAGAUCUGAGAGAGGUCAACAAAAGGACCAUUGCUAGACAUCCAGUUGUGCCCAACCCGUAUAGUCUUCUAAGUCGGAUUCCAAGAGAACGUGCUUGGUUCACAGUCAUAGAUUUGAAAGAUGCUUUUUGGGCAUGUCCUUUGGCAACGGAAUGUAGGGAUUGGUUUGCCUUUGAAUGGGAGGAUCCAAAUACAAAAAGGAAACAACAGCUAAGGUGGACCCGAUUACCACAGGGGUUCACAGAAUCACCCAAUCUCAUUGGACAAGCCCUGGAGAGUUUGUUAGAACAGUUUGUUCCUGAAGAAGAAGUACAAAUCCUGCAGUAUGUUGAUGACCUGAUGGUGUCGGGGAAGGGAAAAGAACAGGUCAGAACAACUAGUAUUAAGCUUUUGAAUUUUCUGGGGGAGAAGGGACUAAAAGUUUCCCAAGAAAAACUACAGUUUGUGCAAUCUGAAGUAACAUAUCUGGGGCACAUAACAGGAGGAGGAUAUAAGAAGUUAAGUCCUGAUAGAAUUUCAGGCAUACUAUCUCUCCCAGCCCCAAAAACAAAAAGAGAUGUGAGAAAACUUCUAGGCCUGUUUGGAUAUUGCAAGUUAUGGUUAGAUCAAUAUACGCAGAGUGUAAAAUUUUUAUACAGUAAAUUAGUAGCUCCAGAUCCUUUGACUUGGACAGCAGCAGAUGAUCAACAACUGGAAAACCUAAAAAACAAAUUGUCUUCUGCCCCGGUUUUAAGCCUACCAGACCUCAGGAAGGGCUUUGACCUGUUUGUGAGUGCUGAAGAGGGUAUAGCCUAUGGUGUACUAACUCAAGAGUGGGGAGGCUGCAGAAAACCCGUGGCUUACAUCUCCAAAUUGUUAGACCCAGUGGCUAGAGGCUGGCCAGUCUGUAUACAAGCAGUAGCAGCAACUGCUAUCCUGAUUGAAGAGACCAAAAAAUUAACCUUACAAGGAAAAAUUAGGGUACAUACUCCUCACGAUCUUAAAACAGUGCUGAGCCAGAGGGCUCAGCAGUGGCUAACCGAUGCCAGAAUAUUAAAAUAUGAAAUUAUACUAAUGAACACAGGUGACUUGGAAUUUAUUACAUCCAAUUCCCUUAAUCCAGCACAAUUUCUAAUGGGAGAGCCUGUAGAGAAUUUAGAACAUAAUUGCCUUGAAUUGAUUAACCUCCAAGCAAAAGUAAGAGAGGAUUUAGAAGAUCAGCCUCUAGCAACUGGAAGAAUCUUGUUCAUAGAUGGCUCUUCAAGGGUAGUAGAUGGGAAAAGAGCUUCAGGUUAUGCCAUCAUAGAUGGAGAGACUUUACAAAUUAAUGAAAAAGGGAAACUACCCCCAAACUGGUCAGCUCAAAGUUGUGAAAUAUAUGCCCUGAAAAGAGGAUUAGACUUACUGGAGGGGGACCGGGGAACCAUUUAUACAGACUCCCAAUAUGCAUUUGGGAUAGUUCACACAUUUGGGAAAAUAUGGGAGGAGCGUGGAUAUCUAAGUUCAAAAGGAAAAAGCCUAGCCCAUGAAAACCUGGUCAGGUCCGUAUUAGAAUCUCUACAGAAACCAAGAAAAAUAGCGGUGGUCCAUAUAAAAGGGCACCAAAGAGGAAACAGUCUGGAAGUUAGAGGAAACCGAUUGGCUGAUCAGAUAGCAAAGGAAGCAGCUUUAGAACCAGGGGAUCCAGUGAAAGUUCUUAAAGCAGAAACCACACCUGGAGAGAGAGAAAGAAGAGAAGAACCCAUAUUUAGUGAAAAAGAGUUAGAGGUUAUAAAAGAUUUAAAGUUACAUCAAGGACAACAAGGGGAGUGGUUCAGAUGGACAGAUGUUUUUGAAUAAAGCACUUGCUCGAGCAGUGCUAACAGAACUACAUAAACUAACCCACUGGGGAGUUCAGGGGCUAUGUGAUCAUUUCUUAAGAAAUAGCCUGUGCAUAGGUGUAUAUAGCCUAGCAAAAGCAAUUACAAAAGGCUGUUUCAUUUGUCAAAAAGUGAACCAGAAAGUCAUGAGACAGGUAGUCCCUGGGGGAAGGGAAUUGGCUCUAAGACCUUUCCAAAGCAUACAGAUAGAUUUCACUGAGAUGCCCCCAGUGCAGGGGUACAAAUAUCUACUGGUUAUAGUAGAUCAUCUCACCCAUUGGGUGGAAGCUUUCCCGAUUAGAAGGGAAACAGCCCAAGUUGUGGCAAGUGUAAUUUUGGAAAACAUUAUUCCCAGAUAUGGAAUAGUGAACACCAUAGACUCAGACCGAGGUUCACACUUUGUAGCCCAAACAUUGCAAAAUAUAAUCAGAGCCUUAAGAAUAGAAUGGAGAUUAAAUACUCCGUGGCACCCCCAGAGUUCUGGGAGAGUGGAGCAGAUGAACAAAACACUCAAAAAUGUAUUAACUAAAUUGGUAGAAGAGACAAAAUUGAAUUGGCUGAAGUGUUUGCCCCUAGCCCUUUUGCGCAUCAGAACAAGACCUCGGUCUUACAUAAGGAUUUCACCCUAUGAAAUGAUGUUUGGACUGCCAUUCUUAUUAACACCCUAUAGCACAGGAGACUAUCUAGAAGGAGAAGAGGCUACCAGAAAGUAUUUAGAAAUCAUUGGAAGGACCCUGGAAGGACUUAGAAAAAGAGGAUACCUCCCCCAGACUUCCCCUCUUGAAGCAAAGGUUCAUAACAUUAACCCAGGAGACUGGGUUCGGAUAAAGUCAUGGAAUACUGGAUCAUUAAUGCCUAAAUUUGAAGGCCCCUUCCAGGUACUCCUCGUAACAAUUCAGCUGUGCGGACCAGAGAAAAAUAUUGGACUCACGUUAAGAGGAUAAAAGGGCCAAUUUCACCCCCGGGCACAGGACCAGAUUGCACACCACUCCCACCUCCGGGCACUGCUCAAGAUUCAACUACAGCACCAGUUGAUUCACCUGAGUAUACAGUUAUAAAAGGACCAAAUGACUUAAAAUUGACUCUCAGAAGGAAGAGUCAAAAAGACUGAACUGUAUAGAAAGAGUUUGGUAUCAGAAUCAUAACAUAUCUAAGAGUGUUGUAAGACAGUUUUCUGUUUAAAUGAAGUUUGUAAAACGUUAAAAAAAAAAAAAAAGUUUAAGUAAUUCUGAUAAAAAUUCUGGGUAAACUCCCCCAACUCAAAAUCAAACAUUCCAAGGUAAUCUUCUACAGAGUACCCUCCCUAGGAGAAAUAAAAAUUAGUAAGGACAGACCAAGAGAGGUAACCAGAGAAGCGGGUAAAAAAAAAAGACUCUUAAAAGGCUUAAAAAGAAAACUUCGUCUAAGUGAAAUCCUCAAGAGGCAAGACCGGGUGGGGGCAUGCUGUGUAAGAUGACCCAUACCGGACUCUUGGGAAGGGUAGUAAUGAUGGCUUUAAUUGCUGGUGCUCUGGGGAGCCCAGGAAAGCCGUGCUGUGAGUGCUACCAACCCCUCGAGGAGAGAGAAAUAAGCUCCUUGUCGAGAGUCCAUACAAGUUUUAACCCUAAAUGUGUUAACCUCUCUCAAUUGGUCUUUUGUGAAAAGGAUGAGAAAAGAUGGAUGGCCCAUAAUACUGCCACUUUUAUGCAGCAACUCCUGGGAGAGUGCCCUGUAGGAGAAGCCGGUUUGAGCUUUGAACGUGAUGCUACUGAAGCAAGCUUGAUAAAUCUGGUAAAAAGACAAGAGAUGGUAAAAGUGGUAAGAAAAAUGGUUUGUAAAAGGUAUUUAGCAGUUUUGUCUGUUAAGAAAAAAGAAAGGGACAAGAGUAUUUACUAUGAAGCAUAUGAGUGUACUGAAAAAGAGAUAAACCCCUUUAGGAAAAUGAAAGAACUGUGUAAAUGUUGGGAAAGCCCUAAACCCCUGGUUUUGAUCUCUGGUAUUACAGCAUACACUAAAUUGUCAGGAGAUUGGUCUGGUGGUUGCACUACUGGAAUGAUAACACAACAUUUCAUUACACAAAGAGUCUGGAUCAAGUUUAGGAGUUCCUAUAUACAAAGAUUUAAGAGAAACCAAACAGAAGAAGCAAAGUACAAUAGAAAUUGAGAGAAGUCAAAAUUGUAAGGGCCCAAUUCAGACCCCGAUAUCUAUGUUAAAUAAAAUCAUCAAGCUCCAGGCAGUAUUAGAAAUAAAGAAUACAAUUAUUAGAAACCUCUCAAACGAGAUAAAAAAACUAGCACAUGUAAACAACCAAGAACAAACUCCUACACUUGAUUCCAGUUGGUGGGAUAACCUAUGGACUUUCAAAAAAGAUUUAUGGGAAAAAGUGACUUUCCCCACUGUGUGUAUACUUGGAGGAUUGGUUUUUUUUCUGUGCUUAUGUCUCUGUGCCUUUAAAAUAGUGGUACCUGCCGUUCAGGCCAACCUGAGGAAACCAAAGAAUGUAGCAAAGUUAAGUAACUAUGAUUACAAGACUGCUCAAUAAAUUUAUAAUCAAUACAAAAAAUUAAAGUAGAUGCGAGCUUAGGUUUAAGCUCGAUCAAAGAAAAAGAGGGGGGAACUGUUAUGAACAAACAAGUUACCGUUUUUUUUAAGAGAAGGGGCUGCAGAGGAGUUUUCAGUUGAGCUGGGAAUUGAUCGCUGGCCAAGAGUUCUUUGUUAGGGAAAUGUUGGAAUAACCUCUUAAGUAUCCUUAAGUACCGCCGUUUAACUCUCUAUUGUAGAGAAUUCUUGUUUUUCAGAACCACCCUAGCCUGUUGCCAGGAGGAUUUGCAUCUCAGGAGACAUGCAAAUUUAUCUCAAAACCCAAACUGCACUGGGACGGGACCUUCACCAAAUCCUGGAAAAUACCCCAAAAAAGAUGAGCCAAAGCGGAAUUGAGAGGUCAGGGUGGUGUCUGGACAGCAGGGCCGAGGUCCAAAGCCGGCAGAGACGCUUGAAAACCUCAGUCACACCUCGCCCCAACUAAAAAUGAUGCCAGUCAGACCCAGGACCCCCUGGACUGAUAACCCAAACUGAGAAAACUGGGUAUACCCCCACUGCCCUUGCGAGGACAGGACUCCCGGCUCUGCCCCCUAGGGGACAGAGCUGCAAAUCCUCCUCUUCUGAGUCACUGCUGGGAGCGGCGGCAGAACUAUGCAGAUCUGCCAAAACCCCACUUUGAGCUGAUCGCUUUAAUAAAGGCAUUAA